GCAGUGCCAGAGGAUGUCUGUAGUAAGUGGGAGUGUAGCUUUAAGGGAUCAUCGGAUUAAUUAAAGCGUGCCUUUCUCCAUAUGUGCAUUCUCUUUUGUUUGGAAAAGAAUAGCUAAGGACCUAGCCAUGCGCGCCAUUCAUUUGUUUAAUUCUGUCACUAUUGUUUUUAAAAACCUGUCUUCAAAUCGUCACCAUAAUGGGCUCCGUUCAGACACGCUCCAGGGAGCCUGCUGAUGCGCUGACAUCAGCUCCCGGAGCAUCGUGGGUAGCCAGCGUAUUAAAAUGGAGCCAAGCACACAAGAUUGUGGGCAGCUGGCUCUGGCCAGUACUAUCCCAGCAAAGAACAGAUUGAAGAGAAAAAGAAGAGACAGCUUUAGCAGCUUCAAGAAGAUGUAUCUUCUGCUGUGGAACGUUGGUUUUCUGGGAAUUCUGAGCCUGCAAGUGCUGGGCGAGAAGAUAAACUAUGAUAGGGACCAGGUUCUACAAAUCAUCCCACAGAAUAUGAAACAAGUUCAGUGCCUAUACCAUAUAUGUGAGUCGUCACAGUUGGAUCUUUGGAAACCUCUUUAUCUAGAGGAUGUCACCCCUAGUAGAGUAGUGCUCAUCAGGAUCCCAUCCAUUGCUCUUCAGACAGUGAAAGAGGAGCUGCUACAUUGUUCGCUAUCUUUUAAUGUUCUGCUUAAUAAUAUAACUCAAGUAAUGGGCAGUGUGGAGAAAACAAAACUAAGAAGAAAGAGAUCAACAACUGACUAUGUCUACACCAAAUAUCACCCAAUGGAAGAUAUUUACAGCUGGAUCAAUCUAAUGUCUGAAAAACACAGUGAUCUGCUUACACAACAUCACUUGGGUUCAACAUAUGAGUCCAGACCCAUGCAUUAUCUAAAAAUUAGUCAACCAUCAAAUAAUCCUAAAAAAAUAAUUUGGAUAGACUGUGGCAUUCAUGCACGGGAAUGGAUUUCACCAGCUUUUUGUCAGUGGUUUGUCAAAGAGAUCGUACAGAAUCAUCAGAAGGACGCACGUAUAAAAAAGAUUCUCAGGAACCUGGAUCUGUAUGUCUUGCCUGUUCUAAAUAUUGAUGGCUACAUUUAUACGUGGACCACUGACAGACUUUGGAGAAAAUCACGUUCAAAGCAUGAAAAUGGGACGUGUUUUGGGGUGGACCUUAAUCGGAAUUACAACAUUAAAUGGUGCAAUCUUGGAUCAUCCAAAAAUUGCUCGGACAACUCUUACUGUGGAAGUUCACCUGUAUCUGAACCAGAGACGAAAGCAGUGGUGGACUUCGUGGAGGAGAGAAAAUCAGACAUUAUAUGCUUCCUGACAAUGCACUCAUACAGUCAAUACAUCCUGACUGCUUAUGGCUACACCAGAAACCUACCAAAAAGCUAUAAUGAAACGAUCAAGGUUGCACAGAUGGCAGCAUCGGAGCUGAAGAAAAAGCACGGCACAGUUUAUAGAGUGGGAAGUUUUGCAAAUCUCCUAUAUGAAGCAUCUGGAACAUCUCAAGACUGGGUCCACGACCUAGGGAUUGAAUUCUCUUAUACUAUAGAGUUAAGAGACAAUGGUACUCAUAAGUUUAUAUUGCCAGAGGACCAAAUCCAACCAACGUGUGAAGAAACAAUGGCUGCAGUAUUGUCCAUCAUAGAAUAUGUAAAUGAUAAAUAUUUUCCUAAUAAGGCAUCUACAAAUGUUUACAUGCUUUAUCCAGUUGUCCUUCUCUUCAAUGCAGGCAUUAAAUUACUGGUAUAGCUUUAUAGAUGAAUUCAAUACAUACGUAUAAAAAAAGUUGCUUUCUUUUAAACCUGAAUUGAAAUUCAAUAUCCAGUAUACUCAGUUAUUGUGAUACUAGAUACUGCUUACUUGUCAAGCAAAAUGAUUCAAAGAGCAAAAUAAUCAGAAUCAAGUGAGCUCUUAUAGAGCUUUUUAAUGAACAAUGAUCAUGUAAGUUUCUAGAAUAUAAAUAACAGAAAAGCACAA